AUGACUACGAAAGCCAGCAAGAAGCUAACCAGCUUUUUUAGCCCUGUGCCACGCGCUGUUUCUGUGAAUCGUGCUGCCGAGGACAGUAAUCAAGUGCCUACGACUGCAACUAAUGAGGGUGCGCACCCUUCCUCCGAAAGGAAUUGUGAUCACCUUAGCGACGCUUGCAUUUCAAACCUGCACGAGUGCUGGAACCUGGAGCAGGGCGAGUUCUUCAAGAAAGAAAAUGAGUGGCUGAGCUUCGUGGACGGAAAAUUAAAAUGCCUGUCAUGCUCAAGAGUUAAGCAUUUAGGCAGCCUCGGUCGAAUUUCCCUCGAAUGGGCAGAGGGAGGAGUCAAGGCACCCGGUGACAGCAAACAGAAGCAACAAAGAGCUCUGCGGAAAAAAAUUUACCAGCACAGGGAAUCGGAUGCCCACAUCAAGGCUCUGGAGAUCGACAGGACAGCCAAGAAAAGAAAGCUUGAAGAAGCUUUCUCUGAGCAGCUGAAUGAACAUCAGGAAGCCACAAAGAAGAUAUUCCGAAUCGCGUACAAACAAGCGAAAAACUGCCGUCCAUUCAGUGACUUCAGUGAUGAGAUCGACGUGCAGACUGCGAAUGGUGUGGAUCUAGGCAGGAUUUUGCACACAAAUGUCUCAUGUGCAAACAUUGUUGAUCAUAUUGGAAAUGAAAUGCAGAAGAGCAUGUGCAGAGCUCUUAUAGAAGACGGCGCAAAGUUCUCUGUGCUGAUUGACGAGAGCACUACCGUCAGUAAGCAUUCCACGCUGAUUGUAUAUCUGCGCUCCGACUUCGGUCACCUACAGCCAAUUACUGUCUUUCUGGACCUCGUGGAAGUGACAGAUGGGACGGCGGCUGGUAUAAAGGAGGCCCUGCUGACUUGCCUGAGUUCGCACGGUUUGAGUAUGAACGUGCUAAAGGAGAAGCUAGUUGCUUUUGCUUGUGACGGAGCAUCGGUGAUGCUUGGGAAACAUUCGGGAGUUGCAAAGUUUCUAGAGGAUACAUUUCCUAACCUAAUCACAUGGCACUGCUCGGCGCACCGGCUGGAGCUGGCAGUCGGAGAUACAGUCCGCGACGUGCAAGGUAUCAAUCACUUCAAAAUUUUCAUGGACAAACUGUACUGCUUGUACAGCAGUUCUCCAAAGAACCGCAGAGAACUCGAAAGCUGUGCAAAGGACUUGAACGCCUCCCUUUUGUGUGUGGGGAGAGUCCUGGACACGAGGUGGGUGGCGUCAAGCUUCAGGACUGUGAAUGCUGUCAUGACAUCAUACCCUUCACUGUACGCUCACUUCAUGAAGUGUUCCGAGGACCCCAAGCGAGACACCAAAGAGAAGGCACAGUAUAUAGGGCUUGCAGAAAGGCUGUCGUCAGUUGAGUUUGUCCAGAACUUGGCACUGCUCCAUGACAGCUUGGCCGAACUCUCGGAACUUUCUUUGAACUUUCAGGUGCGUGCCAUAACGUUGCCAGAGGCGCACAACUUGGUGACAAGGCAGAUUGCAGUUUUUGAAGCAAGAAAAGUCCGCCCCGGGAAAAUGUCAGUGCAGGUCAACGACGCUGUGAAGACUAAGUGCUUCAAAGAUAUAAAACUGCAUCCCGGUCGAAAGUGCGAUCGAGCUAUUAACUCGACGCAGUUCUACCAGAGCCUGGCCGACAACAUGAGGACACGACUUCUCACCACUCAGUCUUCUCGUAGCAGCAGCAGCAGUGUCGACCAGCAUGUGACAGUCUACAGAGAGCUGAUUGAAGACAUUCGGCUGCUAGAUCCCUUGACCUGGCCCGGUGAGCUGGACGUGCUUUACGGGGAGGACAAAAUAACUCGCUUAGCACAGAGGCUUGGUGUAAAUGAGAAAAAAGCUCAACACGGCUUCAGAGAGUACGUUGAAAACGGGGGCAAAACUGUUCCUGAGAAACUCCGAGGGGUUGUGACGGCUGUGAACUGUAUUCCCGUGUCAACUGCUGACUGUGAACGAGGGUUCAGCGCGAUGAACAUUAUCAUGACGCCAAUGAGGUCAUCGCUGUGUAUAACGAGACUAUCGAGACUGCUGUUUAUUAAGGUGAACGGUCCACCACUGCAACGUUUUUGCCCAGAUUCGUACGUGACGUCGUGGCUUUUGUCAGGCAGACAUUCUGCGCUUCAGGUUAGAGCACCAGCCCGCAAAGCACGCAGUUGGACGGAAGGCCAGGAGAAGUUCUGGAAAAUUCUUCAGUGA